GUCAGUCUGUUCAACAAGGUCAGCUCAAAAAGCCUUAUAUAUUUCAUUUCAGACUAGUUUGAUUCUGAAGAGAGUUUAUUGUCUUGCAAACUGACAGAGGAAAGCAACAGGCAGAUUUUAUCGACGUUUGAGUUGAUUCUCCACAUCAAACGUCGAUAGGUUAUAAAGAAACAAACCAGAUCUGCUCUGACUGAAAUAGUUUGCUGUUUCUGAACAACAUGACUAAUGAGACUGCAUCAUAUGAAUAUAGCCAAGUCUAUGAAGAUGAGAUGUGUCACAAAGAGGUGGUGGUGAAAGUCGGAUCCUUUGUUAUUCCGAUCUUUUUCACAGCAGUGGUUGUGUUGAGCUGCAUCGGUAACAUCCUCGUUCUGGUCAUCCUUGCACUCUACGAGAGCCUCAGAUGCCUGACCAACGUCUUCAUCCUUAAUGUAGCUCUGUCAGAUCUGCUGUUCACUUUUGGACUACCGUUUUGGGCCUCGUACUACAUCUGGGGCUGGACAUUUGGAGACGCUGGCUGUAAAGCUGUGAAGUUUCUGUUCUACCUCGGCUUUUACAGCAGCGUGUUGUUCUUGACUCUAAUGACUGUUCAGCGUUACAUGGCAGUGGUUCAUCCUCUGUCUGACUGGGAGAGAUGCAGAGGCCUUUCAGUUUCUCCUUUUAUCGUUUGGAUCCUGAGUGGAAUUAUUGCACUGCUUAGUUCACUUCAAAGCGAAGUCUUGACAGAAUAUGGCAAUCUGUACUGUGAAUAUGGCAGUGAUAAGUGGAAAUAUGGCAUUGUUUAUUUUCAAAAUGCUUUUUUCCUCUUUGCAUUUGUAAUCAUGGGUUAUUGCUAUGGCAGAAUGCUUCAGACAAUCACCAAAUCACGGACUAAUAAGAGACACAAGACUGUUAGACUAAUAUUCUGCAUUGCACUGGUGUUUUUUAUUGGUUGGGCUCCAUAUAACAUUGUCAUGUUCCUAAAAUCUUUGAAUGUCCAUCCAUUCACAGACUGUGAAGUGAGCAUUGGUCUAGAUUAUGCAUAUUAUGCUUGCCGAAUGUUAGCUUUUACACACUGUUGCUUGAACCCUGUGUUUUACGUUUUUGUUGGAGUAAAGUUCAGGAAUCAUCUAAAAAUGAUUCUGGUGAAGAUCUUUAAAAAAAAAAACCUCAAUUCCAGUCAAACCAGAUUGGCAAAAAAUCAGUCACAGGGUUCAAUGUAUUAACAGAAAACUCAAGUACUUUUACUGAUUGCAAUGAACUGCAAUGAACUAAUUUUAAAAUACAGUGUGAAUCAUAUAGAGAUGCUGCUGCUGCUAUUUUAUCAUUAUUAUUAUUCAUAUGAUGAAGCUGAUUAUUUGUUAUAUAAAUUUUUUGCGCCAUUUCAAAGCUUCUGCCAAUAUAUACAACUGUUAGAUCUGCGUGAUUAAAAUGUAUAAUAAUGUAUAACAUUUUACAGGAUAAUUCCUUUCUCUAUCAAGCAGCAAAAACAUUCAGUUGUGAGAAAAUUAUGUUCUAAAUUAUAACCGGUGUUCUUACUUUUUGUGGUUGAAGUUCUCAAUAUUUUGUAAAUACAAAUAUAACUGAAAGUAAGUAAUGAAAGAACCCCACCAACAAAUAUGCCAUUAGUAAUGCAGGAAAUUUUCCAAUAUGAAUUUAAAAUAUAUCUAUUCUUCUAUCUUUUACUGUAUAUUAUGACUUUUUAUGUUUAUGUCACUGUUUGUACAAUUUAUUAAAUGGAUAAUGCAGAGUAAAAGUAAAAUACUGCAUGAGCAUAAAAUAUGACUCCAGUUUAUGCAGCUACACUCUCUUAAAAAUAAAGGUACUUUUUGGCAUCUAUGGUUCCAUGA